AUGUCCCGCCCUUUGGCAACGUGCUUCCAAAUCUUGAACACGCCUACGUCUCUGACGCAGGCCCAGACAGAUACCAUGAACCUUCUUACGACAGUCUACAUCACGUUCCUCGCUGUUGGAGCAGCACUAGCUGGCUUUGACUCCAAGUCCAAAACCAACCUCGCAGUCUAUUGGGGUCAAAACUCUGCCGGUGGAACAGGAGGGCAACACCAGAACCACUUGUCAACAUACUGCGCCGACGCAGAUGUCAAUAUCAUCCUACUCUCCUUUCUCGUCAACAUGAACGGCGUUGAUGGGCAACCAGAACUCAAUUUCGCAAACCAAGGCGACAGGUGCGAUCAUGACACUAAACCUUUCAAGUGCCCGGAGAUCGAGGCGGGCAUCAAAGAAUGCCAGAAGAAUGGGAAGACUAUCCUGCUAUCGCUAGGCGGUGCCUUCAGCGAAGAGAAGGGACCUGUCGAUAAAGAGCGUGCUAAGAAAGACGCAGAGAAAAUGUGGCAGAUGUUUGGGCCUGAUCAGUCGAAAGAUAUCAUCCGUCCAUUCGGUUCGGCUUCGGUUGAUGGGUUCGACCUAGACUUCGAGCAUGAAGUGCAGAACAUGGUUCCAUUCGGGAAUGCGUUGCGUGAGCAAGCGGGUAAACACCCCAAAGAGCAUGGAGACCGACAAUUCUACCUCAGCGCCGCCCCAGUCUGCCAUAUGCCAAACCCGAUCGGUGGAGUACGGGACAUACUUGACCAGCUCCCCCUAGACAUGGUGUUUGUGCAGUUCUAUAACAAUCUCUCAUGUGAUGUGCGGGCAGGAUUCAACCUGGAGCAGUGGGAUGGCUGGGCAAAGGCAAAGAAUACUACGUUCUUUGUAGGGCUCCCGGCGAAAGAAGCGGCCGCUCCAUCUGGCGGAUAUGUACCUCCUGAAAAGCUUAGCGAGCACUUGCGAAAGGCGAAGGGCAUGGGCAAGAUGGGGGGCGUGAUGCUCUGGGAUGCCAGCCAGGCGUGGUCCAAUGACGGGUAUCAUCGGAAGAUCAAGAGCGCCCUAAACGCGACAUCGUCGUCGGGUCGGGCCCGUUUGUUCUGA